AUGCCUCAUUUACCACCGUUCAAAAUCCCUGAACGCAUCUCGUCGAAACUCCAACCUGCACGUCUUGAGACUCUCCGUUAUCUUCAGAACAAGAGAACUGUGAGCGCAUCCUCAGCUCAGUCACUUUCUUCUCAGAUAUCCCUCGAAUCAACAACCUCAGAGUUCCUCGAAGCGAAAAUCGGCUCCCUUUACAACGAACAAGAGUACCUCGAAAAAGUCCAGCGCGAACUUGUGGCUGGUAAGCAAGAAGGAGAAAUUACAACUACAGAAUUUCAAGAUGUCAAUCACGAUCUUUUGGCAACGUUCACCUCCGCAAAGCAGACCAUCGAUGUGCUGGAGAGUCAGCGAAAGUUCAUUGAGGACGAUAUAAGCAAGUAUGUGAGCUUGACGGUCAAGAAACAAAGGGUGAACGCGCCUUUUGACAACGGGUUGAUAGAACGUGCUUACGUUGAUGUUAUCAUUCCCCGGGUGAUGGGAGCAGUCGCAAAACAGCGCAAAGAUACAUUUGAUCAGAGCGAUUUCAAGCAGCGGGUAGUGGAAUACUACAGCACCCAGCACCCAGAGGGAGGCGAUUACGCAACCGAGACAUGGUGUCAUGUGCAGGGACGAUUCCUUCGCUCCUCAGAUGUCAAGGCAGCUCAUAUUGUCCCGAAAUGUCUCAGCGACGAAGAGAUUGCUCAUGUUUUCGGAGUGAAGGCAGGCGUCCGUGGAGAUGAGCAGAAUGCCUUGUGCCUGAGCAGUAGUAUCGAACGCCUCCUCGACGAGGGGAUCAUCGCCAUUAUCCCCGUUCCCGAUUCAAUCACCCUCCCCGCAGGGCCGAUGUCCGAGCCUACCACUUGGCGCUGCAUUGUACUUGACGAAACCAAGAAUGGGAAUUUCCUCUGGAGUGAUGGUGGAAGAAGUUACUUUGUUAGGGAUUUGAACAACCGACCUUUGACGUUCCUCAAUGAGAAGAGACCGCGACGUCGUUACUUAUACUUUCGUUUCUUGGUGUCAUACCUCUGCGCCCUUCGACAAGCCAAGCGUGCGUUAGAUGGCAAAGAUGAGGCGGCCAAAGCUCAAGCCAAGAAGUUUGAAGAUAUAACAGCAAAGUGCGACGCCCGAAAGUUCUGGCCGUCAGGGGGAAGUUGGCUUGACAAAUCGACAAUUGUCACUAUGGCACGAUCCGUGUCUGGUGUCGAGCUACCUGGGCGAUUCAUUCGCCACAAAACCUUUGACUCUCCCAACGAGUCUGACGGUAUAAAGACUGGCAUGGUACUGGCGGCUAAUCUGACCGAGUCGAUCUGGGAUCGGGAGCGUGAUGCUGUAGUGGAAUCGAUGAAGCAACUUGAGACUUGA